CAGCUAGAAAGUCGUCGCUGAACGUAUGUAAUGUGUUUCUUAAACUUUUUAAUCAUUCUGAGACUAGCAUUCCAGAACAAAGCUACACGACAGCCAGGUAAGCCCAAGGACUUCCGUGGAGUACCGCUAGGUUUUUUCGAUGACGCGCAAGAUCGUGAUCAUUCCUCUACAGCACGCAAUACCCAUCGUCACAGCUCCCGCGCACCUUCGAGUUCUUUGCGGAGUCCGCGCGCGCUUCUCGAUAGGGUGAUGUCGCUCUUUCGCCAAUCUCAUUCCCAUACCGACGAAGCAAUCGAACUCCAGCGACGCCCAAGGCAAAGCAUCUUCUCUCGUCGCGGUCCGCAUGUUGUCGAAGUUGCUACAGUACAGGACAGAAAACCGUUGGCAGUCGCUCCACAAAAUAGAAAGCAGCAGCAAAACCAGACCCAUGGCCAGGGGUCGUCAUCGCAACAUCAAGCUGCUGCCACCGCCACAUCCACGACACCUGCCCCAGGUACUACCACAACGGGUGCACCAACAGUACGGUCGCGACUCCUCACGUUGUUGGCUCGUCUCGUGCUUUUUCUCUGCUGUGCAUAUCCUCCAUGCAGCAAUGGUUAAUAAUACAGAUGCAGCAACUAUUUCACUU